UGCGAGAAAGCGCGUGUGUGAAGGACCCUCGCCCCUCCAAAAGGGAGAAGGUAUAUAUAUCUCAUCUGGGAGUGAGAGCGAGGAGGAAAGGGCAAGUGCGGGAGAAGGGGGCAAUGCGGACAUGGGAGACAAGGCUCAGGUCUCUAACGAGGAAGGAGCCAAGAUGUGCGAACAACGUGAGUCUUGGCAUGGGGAAAGCGAGGGGAGACAGGACAUGCGCGACGAGCGUGAGGACGGGGAAGAGAGAAGAGAAAGCCCGCUUGACGGACAGAGCGGCCACGACAGUUGUGAGGGGAGGUAUCCGGACGUUGAAGAAGGAUAUGGAGGGAGGACAAAGAUUCCCUAUAACUACGAUCCAAAGAACUUGAUGGGCGGGCACAACCCCAUACAGACGGAAGAAGAUGAGGACGAGGAGGAGGAAGUGCAGGAGGUUAUAGAAAUCAGCAGUGGGGAUGAAAGGGAUGAAAUCUUGAGGCCCAGAGAAGAGAGGCGGCCCCCGAUAUACCAGUUGCGCGAGGGAACAUUCAGAUGGGAGGAUGGGUUUGGGCCAACGCCCAGCCACUGCUUUCAGCAAUGGCUUAGUGAGAUCAAACAUGAGUGGAUUAUCAAGGCCCGGAAACUCGCAAAGGCAGGGGUGGUGGCCACACCAUUGGAUUUCUACAGCAAGAUGGAGUUACGAGAAAUUGCAAGGAGGAGAAGAGAAAUCAUGGCCUCCGGUCUGGGAGUUAAAGAGCCAGCAGAAAAACAGGAUGGACAAGGGGCCGAGCAAGUUGAGGCACAGGACAGCAAUAAGGAUUCGAUGUUGAUUAAGUGUUGAACAGGAAUCCUGCUUGAUCAUUUGCAAAACAUUGGAACGACAAAAAUGUGUAUAGUAUGAGUAAGCUUGCUAAGGAUGACUAAUGAGAGGGUCAACUAAGACUGUGUCACGAUAAGUUAGAAGAUAGCUUUUUUAGGCUACUUUCUGGAUAAACUACCUUCGAAAGU